AUGGACAAGGUGUAUGUUACGGGGAUGAAGGGGCUGCGGACUGAGAUGGUAACCUUCAUCAAGAAGCAAGUCGCGCUCAUACGGUCGGGCCGAAACGUAGUUGCGGCCGACGCCUGUGACGACGACGGCGAGGAGGUUCCUUUGGCAUCCCAAGCAGUAGGUGUCGCCCCCACCGUCGCUGAUGCGAGUGGCACGUCGAUCGGAAAGCCGGGAGGCGGCGUCGACGAGGACGAAGCGGCGACAGGAAAGGGUGUGACCGGGACCGAUGAGAGGCAGCAGGAUGAGGUUGGCCAUGAGGAUGAUGAUCGGGUCCAUGAUCGUGAGGAGGAGGGGGGCUCGGAGGAGUCGACGUCGGAGUCGGAGUCGGGGUCGGAGGAGGAGCAGGAGGCUCAGGAUCAGGAGGAGCAGCAGGGGAAGCAGCACGAGGAGGAGCAGCUAGAGGGGGAGCUGGAGGUGGAGGUGGAGGACGUGGAAAUGGAGGAUUACGGGGCUGAAGGAGCGGAGGAAACUGGAGAGAGAGCGGAGGAGGUCGAGUACGAGAAGGGGGAGGGGAAGGGUGCAACAGCGGAGCUCCGAACGGAGAAAGAGGAGGUCGGCGUGGAGGCGGCUCACGGGGGGAGUGGGAUGGUCGUGGUCGGCGAUGGGACGGACGUUGUCGACCACGAUGCCGUUGGACAUGGGGAUAUCGCCGCGGCCACGAAGCAGACGGGCGUGGAAGUGCCUAUCGAUGUCACCGCAGAGAAGGCCGGGGGGGAGCGGUCUAGGAAGAAGAAGUCGGCGAGCGGUCAUCCCGGAUCCACCGCAGCUGGGCGGCAGGCGCGGCUGGACGUCGUCAAGCAACUGAGAGGGGAGAAUAGGCGAUUGCGUGCUGACAAUGCACGCCUUGAACGGCAGCUCGGUGAGCAGACGGGGCGGGUCGACGCGUUGGCGGCGGACGUAGCUGGGCUCCUCGACAAGCUGAAAAAAUUGACCGCCCAGGUCGCCGAAACCGGCCGGAAAUCGGUGGAGCACCUCAAAGAGGCCACGUCGACCAUGGGGACCACAAUCACCGAGGGCCUCACCGACAACAUGGACAGCGCAAUUCAAGCGGGCAAGUCCUUUGCCGAGCUAGCGAGGCAGAUGCUACUGGAUCUCGACGACCCCGAAGGACGAAUGGCGGUCGCACGCGCGAACGUGGUGGACACUUUGGUCGAGCACGUGACGGCUGAGGUGGGUGAGGCGAGGAAGGGGUUGGAGGAGACGGUCAUUAAAUACAUCAGCGCUGCGCAGACCAACAUUGCCACCGCCGUCUCUCCCUGCCUCGUCGUUCACACGGGCCAUGGUGGUGGGGGUCCCGCCGACGAGCAUGCCGCUGAUGACGCACGGCCAAGGGCUCCGCCUGUGGUGGCCGAGAAGCCGCCACGACAGGGUAGCGGAGAGAAAGGGCUGAGCGGCAAGGAAAAGGCCGCCGCCAAAACGACCCCAGGCGUUUCCGCGAAAACUGGCCAGGGGCCGACUGCCGGGGUAGUGGAGGCAUCAGCGGUUCCUCACCACCCUCCCGCGGGUGCACGCCCUCUGACCGGACCGUCUGCCGGGCGACCUGCCGACGUCCCGCGCCAUGCCGACGUCCCGUCUGCCGACAAGGUUGGCCGCGCGGGGAAAGUGGCGGCAGUUGCUGACGCGCUAAAGGAGCAGCUGAGGCUCCUUGCCGGCCACAAGGCUCCUCAACAGCCUCCUCCCGCUGUCGACGUCUCAUCGGCCGGUGUGCCACGUGUAGUGCCGGUCAUCGCCGCCCGUACUCCUGCAGACCCAAAGUCCGCGUUCCUGCGCGCCCAGUUGGGCGCACUAGCGUCGACUGCGCCAACUCAGAAGGCAUCCGGCUCUGGCGCUACGCCGUCGUCGGCGAAUGUCGCACCACCCACCCCUGCGGCAGUUGAGGCCCAUCUGGAUGCCGCCAAACCCCGAACACUGGCCAUCUCCGACACGGCACAUGUGGAGCCUUCGGCGGGUCCCGUCGGUAGUUCAGCAGAGCCUAGUGCGAUCGGUGAUGCUGCCGGUGAAGGAAAGGCGAAACGGAAGGGGAAGGCGGGCUCACAAAGGAAGACGCGGGAGAGGUCGGAGGUGAAGGCGGCGGAUAGAGGGAAGGCGAAGGCGGCGGAUAGAGGGAAGGCAAAGGCGGCGGAGACGGCAGCGGACAAAGAUGGUGGCGGCAAUACGGGGAUGAAAGGGAAAGCGGGGGAGCAUCAGGAGAAGUCGCUCGGCGAGGGUACGUCGACGGGGAGGAAGGGGAAGGACAAGUCGGUCGGAGAAGGUACGUCGACGGGGAGAAUGGGGAAGGAGAAGGCGGUCGGCGAUGCUUUGUCGAAGGGGAGAAAGGGAAAGAAGAAGGCGGAGGAGGAUGAGGAGGUCAAGGAGGUGGAGGAGGUAGAGCAUGAGGAGGAGGAAGAGGAGGAAGAGGAGGAGGAGGAGGAGGAGGAGGAGGAGGAGGAGGAGGAGGAGGAGGAGGAGGAGGAGGAGGAGGAGGAGGAGGAGGAGGAAGAAAAGGGCAAGGAGAGGAGGGGUCAUGGCAUCCGACACGACAGCUCGGGCGACAAGCAAGGGUGGGUUGGCGAGAUUAAGGUGCACGGCAUCAAUCGAUACAUCGGCAAGUCGCGUGACAAGAUGGAGCUCGCGUACGUGCACUCCAUCGCGUACGUCGUGUACGACGGUUUCGUGAGCAAGGUGCUCAUGUCUGAGCUCAUCGUCUUGGACAGCGCCGAAUUGGGGAGGUGGAAGGAGGUGCGGGAGGAGGUCAAGAUCUUGCCGACAAGGAUGUGGACGGUGAUGUGGGCCCGGGGUACGCUCCUUCCAAAGACACGGCUGAACGAUAUCCUCGACAAGUAUCGUCAUUACAAGGCCUCAGGCGAUGCUCUCCAUGCCGCGCUCCUGCCAGCGAUAUGGUACCCAGUCGAUGCCAACACCGAGGAUGGCCAAAAGAAGUCGGCGUCUAUGAUGUCGGCGAUGAUAGGUCGCGUGUCCAUGUGCGCUGCGAACGCGGCGAAGAAGGAGGGAGACAAGGAGGAGAAGACGGAUAUGGCGGCAUGGGCGUUAGCAGCGUCCGCAUGCGCUGUGUGGUGCUUCGUCGAGAACGGCGAUGCCCAGGUGGCGGAUGCUAUGGAGGAAGGGAAGGCGGUGGCGCUUGUGUGCGGAGCAAGCCAGGCGACCGCCGAUGUAUUCGGAACUGUCAUGGAGGCGGUGCCGAACGUCGCGAUCAACAGGGACCGCCCCCUGGGAGAGGUUGCGUACAACGUCGCGCCAGCACUGCAGAGGCACGCCCUUGACAAGGUCUACCCGGGGGGGAAUGCUGGCGUCGAUGCCGACGUGGUCGCUAGAGCCACGGUCGAGACCAUGGCGUUCUGGGGAAUGUGCCCCGUAGCCGGGCCGAAACUCAAAGCGAAGGAUAUCGCGGUGCCGUGCGACGCGCAGAUGAAGGCCGACCUUGACAACAGGGGGAGGAGGGGUCAGAGGGGCAAGAAGGGGACGGAGGCCAAGGGCGGCACGGGGAAGAAGGGGACGAAGGCCAAGGACAGCGCGGGGAAGAAGGGCCAGAAGGGGACGAAGGCCAAGGACAGCACGGCGGCGUAG